CAUGCGUGCAUGCAUGGCUCCGCCUCACAAUCGUGAAUUCACUCACUCACCUCCAGUCUUGAGUCCGAGUUAGUCGCGAGUCUUGGAUACGGCACCUCUUCUGAAGGGCAACGAUCCACUCGCCCGGGGAAGUCGGCAUUCCUUACCAUUCUUUCCUCUGCAUGGCGCUCAUGAAGAUAGCGUCCGUCUCAGUCGUCGUCAACGUUUGAGCGUCGAAAAACUUUCACAGCGACCCUGCACGCGAAGGAAGAUGUCCUACUCUUCCAGAUCCGAUCCCUAUGGUCGCCCUGAACGAUCAUCGAGGGAUGACAGGCGGGAUUAUCGGGCGCGCGAGCGAGAGCCUCUGCCUGCCUCGUCGCACAGAGCGGGCUAUCGCGAUUAUGACGAUCCAUCCUACAGCUCUCGAGACAAGGAUUACGGAGGUCGAAGUGGAAGAGAGUACGAGCGGGACGAUUACAGAGACAGAGGGAGGGACGAGAGGUACGCUGGCGGGGAGAGGUAUUCCAGCAGGAGGGAAGAAGAGAGAGGAUAUGGUAGCAGCAGAAGAGAAGACGAGAGGCAUGCGUCUGCUAGAGAUGCUCGUCACGGCAAAGAUGAAAGAAGCGAUCGGAGGAGUAGGAGCCCGGUAUCCAGGUCCGGUGCAAGACGCGCUGAUCGCGAGUACGAUCGGGAAUCAGAUCGGGAUCGCAAUGCUGGUGGAGCACACCGAGAAAGGCGGGAGGAAGAGCUGGAUCGCAAGCAUGAAGGCACCUCGAGGUCGGGCAAGGGGAAGAGAAGCAGCGCAACUGGGUAUGUGGAUGGUGGCGCAGAGCAGAAUGCGGGGCAGGUUGAAGUGGGAGAGGAUGAGCAGGCCAUGAUGGCUGCCAUGGGCUUCGGCAACUUUGGUUCAACAAAGGGCAAGCAUGUAGCUGGUAAUGCGGAAGGAGCGGCAAAUGUGCGAAAGGAGAGGAGUUGGAGGCAGUACAUGAACAGGCAAGGAGGCUUCAAUCGACCGCUCGACAAGAUAUGAGGAGGACCUCUUUCGCUGCAACAUCCUCUGUCGUGUGCGAUGCCAUGUCCAUCAACGCGUUGGACAGACAAUGUAGAGCCCAUCUGCGAGCGCUUGCAGCAGCACAUCGACUCGAGUCUACUCAGGGCAAUCUAAUGCAAUGACAUGACUCAAUG